AUCACCUCAGUAGCCCAUCCCCUAGCGUCCGUCCAGGGAAUGUACCCCGUAUGCGCAUGGGCGGAGAAACUGCCGCUGUGCGCUGUUAUUAUUGUAAGAGUAAUUUCUUUUUUACGAAAAUGGCGUCUAGUCAGGGAGGUGUGGGAGCUGUCACGGCUCUACAAAGCCAUCACUACUCUAGCGGACCUCACUGGAGCCCGGGAAUCAGCCAGUACCAGCACCAGCAGCAGCACCACACGGCCCGCAGCCUGGACCGGGCUCUGGAGGAUGCCGUGUGCUCGGGGCUACUGAACCUGAGCGGUAGGAAGCUGAGGGAGUACCCGGGGAUGAGCUACGAUCUGACCGAUACAACACAAGCAGAUUUGUCCAAGAAUCGACUCACAGAAAUCCCUCCAGAAGUGUGUCUGUUCGCCCCUCUCGAGUCGCUCAAUCUCUACCACAACUGCAUCAAGUGCAUCCCAGAAGCCAUUAUCAAUCUGCAGAUGCUGACUUAUCUUGACGUCAGCCGAAAUCUCCUGUCAGUUUUGCCAAAAUACUUGUUUAGCCUCCCCCUCAAAGUUCUGCUUGUGAGCAACAACAAGUUGGUAUCCAUCCCCGAGGAGAUCGGCAAGGCCAAAGAGUUGAUGGAACUGGACGUGAGCUGUAAUGAGAUCCGGGUGCUACCAGCUCAGGUGGGGAGCCUUCAUGCCUUGCGAGAACUUAACAUCAGGAAGAAUUGUCUUCACAUGCUGCCUGAGGAGUUGGCUGACCUGCCUCUCAUCCGACUUGACUUUUCCUGCAAUAAGAUCACAGAGAUUCCUGCAGCUUACAGGAAACUCAGGCAGCUGCAGCACAUAAUCCUAGAUAACAAUCCUAUGCAGUCUCCACCAGCACAGAUUUGUCUCAAGGGCAAAGUGCACAUAUUCAAGUACCUGAACAUCCAGGCGUGUAGGAUGGACAAGAAACCGGACACCCUGGACCUCCCCUCUCUCGGCAAACGUUGCCUUCCACAGCCGCUUACAGAUAGCAUGGAAGAUUUUUAUCCCAGUAAGAACCACGGGCCUGACUCUGGAAUUGGUAGUGACAAUGGUGACAAGAGGCUGUCUACAACUGAGCCUUCAGAUGACGACACUGUCAGCCUGCACUCUCAGGUUUCAGAGACAGCCCGUGCUGAUGCCCUUUCUCUCCUCUCCAAAAUGGAUUCUUGCAAAGAUCAGGAUCUCUAUGACUUUAUAGACCCCAACCCAGACGAAGAUCCUGCUCUGUCAGAGUGUGACGGGCAGCAGAGCAGUCAUGUGUCUUGUAUAAAGGAACUGGAGAAAGUUCUUAACAUGUCUCAUCAAAGCAAAGAUAAAGAUGGCUGGAAAGAGGAGUCUGGUUCUGAUAAGGAGCAGCUAGUUGAGGAAGAAGAUGAUGAGCUGAAGGAAGUGCUGGAUCUGAGAAAGAUUGCUGUUCAGCUUUUGCAGCAGGAGCAGCAGAAUAGACGACGGUCCUUAAUUUGCAGAGCGGAGAGUCUUAUUCACCGACGGAGAGUGACUGGCCGGGCUCACAGAUUCCUAAGUCACUCCGGAAGCUCAGGCAGCAAGCCAAGGCCCCCGCCUCAGACCGCUCGCAGUGCUUCUCUGGAUGAAGGAAGCAGUGGAGCAUCAGUGCUGAGUGGACAGCCUUCUUCCUCCUGCUCCUUUGAUGGCAGCCUGAAGACAGACCAGUCAGAUUCAGAGCCAAUGUGGCCCCAAGUCCCACCCGUUCUCAAUCAGAAUGAAGAACGCAGAAGGAACAAGUACCUGAGAAAAGAUUAUCUGAAGAACAAGUGUCAGAGUGCUAGAAAAAACUCCAGUGGGAAUGACGACUGUGAGGAGGGCUUGCGCAAUGUAGAUUUCAGCACCACUCUGACAGUGUUUGGACUAAAGCCGAGAUCAGCCUUCACCAGAGGAAGCCGCCAAGAGUACAGCUCGACAGACCCCAGCUUCACUAUGAGGAGGAAGAUGGAGCACUUGAGAGAGGAAAUCGAACAGAUAGGACUCUUACGGCAGAACAUUGAGUCCAGAUUGAAGGUGUUGCUCCCAGACGAUGUUGGAGCUGCUCUGAUGGAUGGGGUUGUCCUUUGCCAUUUAGCUAAUCACAUUUGUCCUCGGUCUGUCGCCAGCAUCCACGUGCCGUCUCCCGCAGUGCCAAAGCUUAGCAUGGCUAAAUGCCGUAGGAAUGUGGAGAACUUUUUGGAUGCCUGUAAAAAGCUGGGUGUCACACAGGACAAGCUGUGUCUGCCCCAUCACAUCCUAGAAGAGCGCGGUCUGGUGAGGGUGGGUGUGACUGUCCAGGCUCUGCUGGAUCUGCCUGAUUCGAAGCCAACACAACUGUCAGCUGUUUGACACAGGCCUGAAUGCUGCAUCCAACCUGCAGCCAUCCAGCCUGAACCCCUCUCCCCAGCCUGAACCCAUACCCCAUCGCCAGGGGCCAGGGAGCCCGUUCGGGCAAGGGCCCAGUGGCUCGUAGGUCUUUGGGAGUCUGCUUCUGCCUGACUGAAACAGGAGACGGGAUGGAGAAAUCCCUCUGUCUCUUUAUAUGAUGUCAGCCGCCUCCCCACUUCCUGUCCAUCGCAUUUUCACUUGUAUCCUGUUCCUAGUUACUGGGGUCAUCCUGUUUUUGUGUGGACUAGCAAUGUGUGUGUUUCCUGAGCUGCACAGCUCAGACUUGCUAAGGAGAGACAUAAAAGACAACUGGUCUUUAUAAAAACCUGUUUGUCCGUCUCAACAUGCUCAGUGAUUAUUGAGCGUGCAAGUGCCAGUAUGACAACAUUUCCAUGCUGGUGUUGGGGACAUUGGCAGUGAGGAGAUGAAAGACACAAUUCUUAUUUCUUUCACUAAAGAGACCUACGCUGCACGCUGGUCUCGUAGCCACAAAUCAGACUUUAAGGGGUUCUUAUACUCUUGAGUUUCUCUUCUGUAAUUUUUUUCCCAUGAAAAUUCAUUUUUGAAUUUAUUAGUGUUUUUUUACAUCAUGUCCCCACUGUUUCUGCUUUUCAGCAGUCAAACCUAAGUCAUACUUCAAGUACUGUUUACGUAUUUGAGCAAUCAACAUAUUUGAACUUCUGUACAAAUCCACACUUAAAAAAAAAAUCUCAGUACAAACCUGCAUGACAUUUGACCACUGUGAGAACAUGCUUGGCUGUGGCCAAAAGCACGACGGUCCUGUUUUGUAGCCUUUUUAUUUCAUUGUACAUGCAAGGUUUCUGUUUUUGAAAGAUAUCCUGUAUUCCAACUUUUCUAAAGCUUUUAUACUUUCGUUCCAGUCAUUGCCAAUUAUCACUUGCCAUUUCUGUGGAGUUCAGAGCAUGGGUUUGCCAUGUUAGACACAAAGCAGUUAGGAUUUUUAUUGCUUUGCAUAACCUCAGAUGAAACAUGUUUAUACUGUAUGUGUUUGUGAGUGGAGGGGUCUGAGUGAAGGGCCUCUUGAUCAGAAAGGGGCAGUCACUCCUGCAAACCUUCCACACAUGGCAUCUUACUGCCAGCCCACCCUGCUGCAUGUGGUUUCUGAUACAAUUCAUUAUUUCAGGGAAAUUAAAUUAUUAUUUGUUUUAUAUUUAUAUGUUUUUGCUCUGUGCGUCCUUACCCUGACUACCAGUGCAGGUGCGGUGCAGCUGAACAUUUAGAUCUCACUUGUGUUUUCUGUGUGCUCAUGGUCAACUUAAUGACUCUGUAGUGAGAAAUUAGAAAUUAGAAAAUGACUCAAAAGCAGCUGGAAGUGUAGCUAUACUGUUCCUCUGUGUGCAUUAUUAGCAGUAGUGACAGUAGUCACACUUGUAUUUUAAAUUGGUUGUACAUGAGAAUUACUCAGUUUGGGAGUUAAAAAAAAUGUGUUCACACUAUUUGUCAGUAGAGCUGACAGCAAUGUUGACAGCUUAAGUGGUACCUGCCUAAGAGGCUUUUUUAUGUGGCAAACCUUUAGCAAGAACUAAUCAUGUUCACAAAGGCAGACUUUGGAGGAAUUCUUAACUGAACAUUUCUGCAGGGCAAUAUUAAUCUGUUGUCAGGUGAUUGGCAUGUUAGUCUAGGCUGCUGUGGUGCACCAUUCAUUUGAAAGUUGUAUAUCAAAUUAUGUCAAUAGCAGAAGUCAACUUAAACUUUGACUACGAAUUAAUUAUAAGUAAGUAUGGCGAUGAUGCUGGCCAAAAGAUUGCUAUUUCUGUGCUUUAAGGGUUUAUUUUACAUAUAGUGUGAAUAUUUGCCUGUGGACCUUAGAAGAUAAGCUGGGGACUUUGUGACCUGUAUUGAUCAGUGCAACGUUGAUAUGAAAUCAAUUAAAUGACCUCUGGCUAUGACAAAGCCUUUGCUAGUUCAGCUACGGCAGCCUGCCACAAAAU